AUGGCAAAUGAAGCAAUAAAACAAUUACGACAUAAAAUAACCAAGCCAACUUUAUUGUUAGCCGAAACAAUCGAAGAAGCUGUUGAAAGGGCUGCUGAUGAAUUUAAAAUUGACAAUCCAUUGGAAAGCAUGUUUGUUGCUGAAGCUUUUGGUAUUCAAUGUAAAAUAAUUAAAUCGGCUAGAAGACAUGCUAGAGGGGCAUGGCAUCCUCUUCGUCAUCGUUACAUAAAUAUCUUUAUUAGACUCGAAGAAGGAACACCUCCAACAUUUAAAGGGCGCGAACCCGAUCCAGAUGGGUGGGAGAAAAUGCAGGAUUAUUAUGCUUAUUUACGUUCUAGAGAUUUUAAAUAUUCAAUUUAA